CCCCUUCCAAAAAAUUUCCCCCACCCCUUCUCCGAACCCUGCCUAUCCCUCCCUAAUCCUCAACUUCACCGAGACGGCGGCUCCCGGCGGUGCGCCGGGCGCGACAUACCGGCAACAGGCGGCAGCAGGUGACGCGACUCCUCCACUAACCACCUCAACCUCCCCCGUGUUGCAGUCGCCGCCGACCUCCACCAGAUCCGCUAAAUGGAGGCCACCGUGCUAAGUCUGGGCAAGUCUGUGGUGAUUGGGGCGCUCAGCUACGCCAGGUCUGCCGGUGCUGGGGAGAUAGCCUCGCGUCUUGGAGUUCAGCGUGAUCAGGCCUUCAUCGCCGAUGAGCUGGAGAUGAUGCAAGCGUUCCUGAUGGCCGCACACGACGGGCCAGAGGACAAGGACAGGGUGGUCAGGGUCUGGGUGAAGCAGGUCCGCGACGUGGCCUAUGAGGUUGAGGACUCCCUCCAGGAAUUCGCUGUCCGGUUACAGAAGCAGUCUUGGUGGCGUGUUGCCAGCACCCUUCUGGACCGGCGCCUCGUUGGCAAGCAGAUGAGGGAGCUUAGAGCCAAGGUCGAGGAUGUCAGCCGCAGGAACAAGCGCUACCGCCUCAUCAAUGGCGACGGCGCUGGUUCCAAGCCUAGCAAUAUCUCCACAACCACAAGUGAGUUCCCCGUUGCUGGCGUAACUAUGUCUGGCACCGAGGAAGCUAGGCGGCAGUUGGACAAAGCAAAAAUGGAUCUCAUUCGCCUGAUCGGUUCCAAGAAGGAUGAGGACCUUAGAGUAAUCGCAUUAUGGAGAGCAAAUGGUGAUCUUGGGGAGACCUCUGUCAUAAAAAAGGCAUACGAAGAUCUGAAGGUGGACAAGAAGUUCGAAUGCUUUGCUUGGAUCAAGUUGGUGCGUCCUGUCAAUCCAACAGAGUACUUGCGGAGUAUUUUGAGGCAGUUUUAUGUAAAUUCACUACAAGGGACAACUAUGGAGGCCCAAGAUCUGAGAUGGAUGGAGAUGACAAAGGAAAAUGAUUUGGUUGGUGAGUUCAAGAGGUUUGUGAGUGCGAAGAGUUACCUUAUUGUCCUCAAGGACAUACAUACUAUUGAAGAAUGGGACUGCAUUAAAGUUUUCUUCUUAAAUUACAAGAAAGGAAGUCGAAUCAUAGUAUCCACAGAGCAAGUUGAGGUUGCUAGCUUAUGCGUAAGACAACAGACUGCAGCAGCUGACCACAAGCAGUUGCAUAUGGACCAGGCUCUCUAUGCUUUCUACGAUAAGGGUUUGCAAGAUGGAGCUGAUGCAACUGAGGCAGGGUCUAGCUUUAACAUAGCUAGUAUGACUAGUAGCAACUCUGCAGACAACAAGAGCCUCACUCACACAGAGACGACGAUAGCUGAUUUUAAGGAAUAUGAGCAGGUCGGUCGAGAGAAAGAAAAAUCUGAUAUUAUCAAACUAAUUUCAAAUGAAGUUAACCAACAGCUUGAUGUGGUUUCUGUGUGGGGAAUGGGCGGUCUUGGGAAAACAACACUAGUUAGAGAUGUGUAUCAAAGCCAACACCUCAGCGUCAAAUUCAGGUACCGCGCUUGUGUAACGAUUAUGCAUCCCUUCAAUUGUGAUGAGCUCAUCAAGAGCUUAGCUCGACAAUUAGAUGCAGAGGAUUAUGAAAAUAAAGAGGAAACAGGCUUAGCGGGUGGCAGAACAAAACCUAGGCUCCAACGGUCACUAACAGACAUUUUAGAAGGAAAGAAGUACUUGAUUGUUCUUGAUGAUCUAUCAUCUGCCACAGAAUGGGACUCUAUAAUACAGCAUUUACCUGCAAGGGAAACAGCAAGUCGUAUCAUAGUCACCACAAGGUCAGAAAAUAUUGCUAGGCACUGUUCAAAGAAACAAGGGAACAUAUACAAGCUUCAAAUUCUGGGGUAUGAAGAUGGACUUAACCUCUUCAUGGAAAAGGUAUUUCACAAGAUUACAUAUCUGAAUGAUGAAUAUCCGGAGUUGGUUGAACAAGCAAAUCUGAUCCUAAAGAAGUGUGAUGGACUUCCCCUUGCAAUUGUCACCAUAGGUGGCUUCUUGGCAAACCAACCUAAAACCGCUUUGGAGUGGAUGAAAUUGAAUGACCAUAUUAGUGCCGAGUUGGAAAUGAAUCCUGAGCUUGAAAGGAUAGCAGCAGUCCUUAACAAAAGUUAUGAUGGUUUACCUUACCAUCUCAAGUCAUGUAUGCUGUAUUUCUCCAUCUUCCCCCAAGAUGACAAGGUUAGCCGGAGACGCCUGGUGCGUCGGUGGAUUGCAGAGGGCUACUCAAGGGAGUUGCGUGGCAAGUCCGCGGAGGAAAUAGCGGAGAGCUAUUUCAUGGAGCUCAUAAGCAGGAGCAUGAUCCUACCAUCUCAAGAAUCCAUUCAUAGUAGAAGAGGAAUUGACUCCUGCCAAGUCCAUGAUCUCAUUCGUGAAAUUGGUAUCUCAAAAUCAGCAGAGGAUAAUCUUGUUUUCACAUUGGAGGAAGGCUGUGGAUUAAACAACCGGGGAACAAUACGCCAUCUUGCCAUAAGUAGUAGCUGGAAGGGAGAUCAGUGUGACUUCAAGAGCAUAGUGGACAUGUCUUGUAUAAGAUCAUUAACGGUGUUUGGGAAGUGGAGGCCAUUUUUCAUGUCUGAGAAGAUGAGGUUGCUGCGAGUGCUGGACCUAGAGGGGACAUCAGGUCUUGUUGAUCAUCAUCUUACGGGCAUUGGGAAGCUUCUUCAUCUAAGGUACCUUUCUUUAAGAGGAUGUGAUGAUAUUUAUCACUUGCCAGACUCAUUGGGUAACCUGAGGCAGCUGCAAACACUAGACGUUACAUAUACAAGCAUAAUGGAACUACCGAGGACCAUUAUCAAGCUUAGCAAGCUAGAGCAUAUUCGUGCUGGGAGCAUUGGAAGUAACGAUGGUGGUACACGUGAAACAUUUGCAGACACCCUAUGCACUUUGGCUUUGUCAUCAAUGGCAUUCUGUGUGGGAUGUUGCGCACCUCAGGUUCUGAAAGAGGUAAUGGAUAUUGAUGGUGACCCUAACAGGCGUGAUGUAUGCACUGCGUGUUGCUGCAAUAAAUUACCUUCUGCCGCGACGCGCCAAAGUCCAAAUGGUGUUGAAGUGCCAAGGGGGACUCGCAGACUGAAAGCCCUGAACACAAUGGGUGUUGUGAAUGUCUCAGGAUCAAGGGGUAAGGCUGUUCUAAACGACCUAAAAAGUCUCACCAGGCUGCGGAAGUUAAGAGUGACUGGCAUCAAUAAGAAAAACUCUCAAGAGUUGUGUUCAGCCCUUUCAAAGCUCAGUUGUCUGGAAUCCUUGUUGGUGCGGUCAGAGGGAAACCCUGGUUUAUCUGGCUGCUUGGAUGCCCUACUGUCCCCUCCGAAAAAACUACAGAGCCUCAAGCUGUAUGGUAACCUGGUGAAAUUGCCCGACUGGAUGGAGGCGCUCCGGAAUCUCGUGAAGAUGGAGCUGCGGAGCAGCAGGAUAUUGGAGGUUGAUGCGGCCAUGCAGGUCCUCGGCAAUUUACCAAACCUGGCCAUACUGCGUCUGCUGAGGCACUCAUUCACUGGCGAAGAGCUUCGUUUCAGUCUCAAUCGGGACGCGGCAUUCCCGAGUCUGACGGUGCUGGAGCUCAGCCUCCUAGACAAGCUCGAAUCGGUGGAGUUCCAAGGAGGGGCAGCCCCAAAGAUUGAGCUGCUGCAGUUUCGUGGCUGGCGUUACAAAGCCAACACGGUGUUGUUUGCAGGGCUUCCUUCUCUCCCGAGCCUCAAGGAAGUUUUGCUCAAGGGUCGCUAUGAGGAUGGCUUCGUGGAUGACUUGCGGGCCCGGCUUGCGGGUAAUCCAAACAGACCUGUUUUGAAGCUCAACUGAAUUGCUUCAGACUGCGUAUUCCAGAUUCGAUCGAUAAAACCUACACUAGUAGUAUACAUAUAUCUGUGAACGUCAAAAGCUUCAGUGAUGAUUUAUACGUGUACACGUAAUUGGUCAUAGUAGUAUAUACAUAAGCUGUUUGGUUUUUAUCUCUACUGCAAGAAAAACUCGUACUCUCUCCGAUCCAUAUUACUUGUCUUAGAUUUGUCUGGAUACGGAAGUCAUCAUUGAGAAGAAUCCAGUCUGGCCAUUAUGCUCCA